GUAGGGCCUUGUUUUGAGGCGCCGAGAAGAAGAAGAAGGAAAAAGCCCAACAUGGGGAUCCUAGUAAUGGACGGAGGGGGUCUUUGAGAGCGCCUCGCUUCAAGGGGUUUGAGGGAGACGGCGGUUGAAGGGACGAUGUGGUGCUUGUCGAGCUCGAGCGGGGUGGAAAAGGCGGGAAGCCCUCGCCACGCCUUGGAGGGGAGACGGGAAGGCUCAGCGGCCUAUGGCGGAGGAUCUGCUGGAAAUCAAGAUGCUCAGAAUACAAGCAUUCCUUGGGAUGAAAGCACUCAGUUGCCUGCAACAAGCCAAGGAUAUGUCCUUCCUGAAGGGAAAAUCAUGCCAAAUACCGUUUUUGUGGGAGGAAUUGAUAUAAGGAUGGAUGAGACGGAAAUUCGGAACUUCUUUGCACGAUAUGGCACAGUUAAAGAAGUGAAAAUAAUCACUGAUCGAACUGGUGUAUCCAAAGGGUAUGGAUUUGUUUCAUUUUUGGACAAUGUAGAUGUACAGAAAAUAGUUGAAUCACAAAUCAACUUUCAUGGAAAGAAACUUAAACUAGGACCUGCAAUAAGAAAACACCCAAACUUAUGUGCCUAUCAUGUGCCACCCAGGCCUGUGCUUAUUAAUUCACCCACACCUCAGUUCCACAGUGUUUGGAAUAACCAAGAAACAUAUAUGCAGCCUCCAGCCAUGAUGAGCCCUGUCACACAGUAUAUUCAGACAUAUCCCUAUGGUUCGCCAGCUUUAUUAAUUCAGCAUCAAGUUCCUAUGGGAUACCAGCCAACUUACAAUUAUCAGGUUCCACCCCAAUGGCCUCCUGGAGAGCCAAGAAAUUACAUUGUGCCCCCGGCAUAUACCACAAUGAAUUAUGGUGGUGAAAUGGAUGUAGGUACUGACCAGUUGGAGUGUUCUAUGGCUGACACUGCCCAAUCUUGUGCAAAUAGUCCACAAAAGAAAUCUGUGGACCGAAGCAUACAGACAGUAGUAUCAUGUCUGUGUAAUCCAGACAGUCGAUUGAGGAACAAUAUUGUAACUCAAGAGGACUACCUUAAGGAGAAGAGAGUACACCAUUUUAGAAGAAGCAGAGCUGUUCUUAAAAGUGUUUGAUUUAAUGAGAUUGACUCAGAAGACCUGAAGUACUUCCAUUUGUCAUCUGUUACCUUUAUCCUACAGUUAAUAUAGAUGACAAACACUUGGCAAUUAUGUACCGUUUUGGGCAAACGUUCCUUGCAAUUAGCAUUUGGUUGUAAUUUCUAUGUUGCCUGUUUCUAGACAUGUUUAAAUUCUGUUAUUUAUUUCUAAAAGUGUUUGUAUGUUUCAUCUGUUUUAAGUGUUCUAAUUAACAGUUGUUCUCAAUUUUUAGAUUGUUUGUGUUUAUUCGUAAACUUUAAAGUUCUAUUUUAGUGCAUGUUGGCACUUAAAGUUUAUUAACGUUUUAACAUGUAUCUUCUGUACUUACUACCAGCUCACACUUAAUUUUUUUUUGCUAAAGAUAUUUUUAAAACUGUACUUGAAUCAGGUGAAUAUAUAUACCUUCAGUUGCAUCUCAGUGUCAUAGAUACAUAUCUCAGUACAGUAUUGCCUUAAAAAUCCAAUCAGUGAAACUGCCUUCACUAACUGUGUAUACUGCUUAGUCUGUUUUAUAACUGAUGAUUAAAAGUGUACUCAAGGAUGUAACUAAUGGUAUUAAUAUACUUAGUGAGUUGCACUUUUUUAUAUACUGAGUAAACUUCGCUAAUACCCUUAUCUUAAAAUUGUGGAAUGAACAAGUACUUUUUUGUGAUCUUAAGAUUUUUAAAAGUGGUCACCAACUUUAAAUCAAAGAAUUUGGAAAAGAGUUUAAUUAUGUAGACUUGAGUUUUAUGUCAGUAGAAUUCCACAAAUAAAUAUUUUGAGACGGA